AUGCCCGGCUCCUCGCGUCUGCCUGUCAGUCUUCGCGACACAUUCAAUGCGCACCGGGCGACGCCCAAGGGCCAGCUUGCGGUGCUGAACCUCGAAGUGCUGCGCAACGUAGUCUUCGUCCUCUUCCUCCUCCGCUGGACGCGGAUCCUCUUCUACCAGCUCAAGGGCCGCGGCAUCUUCGGCUCGCUCUCUGACCUCUACAUCGCCGCCAGACGCUACCUGUACGGCGUGUUCCUCGGCUUGCCCGGCGUGCGCACCAAGGUGCAGACGCAAAUCUCCGAGUCGCUGCUCAAGCUCGAGCGCAAACUCGUCCCCAGCGGGCCCGGCGUGGAGCGCAUCACGACGCUGCCAAGCCAAGGAUGGAGCGCGGACGAAGUGCGCAAGAAGCUCGGCGAGCUCGCGGACAUGGAGCACACGCGCUGGGAAGACGGGCGCGUCAGCGGCGCCGUCUACCACGGCGGUGACGAGCUGAUCAGACUCCAGACGGAGGCCUUUGGCAAGUUCACCGUCGCCAACCCCAUCCACCCCGACGUCUUCCCGGGUGUCCGCAAGAUGGAAGCCGAGAUCGUCGCCAUGGUCCUGUCGCUCUUCAGUGCCCCCGCAGGCGCCGUCGGUGUCACCACCAGCGGCGGCACCGAGUCCAUCCUCAUGGCCUGCCUGUCCGCCCGCAACAAAGCGUACGCCGAGCGUGGCGUGACGUCCCCCGAGAUGAUCCUCCCGGAGACGGCCCACACGGCCUUCCGCAAGGCCGGCGAGUACUUCAAGAUCAAGAUUCACCUCGUCAAAUGCACCGCGCCGAGCUACAAGGUGCACUUGCCCUCUGUCUCGCGCCUCAUCAACCCCAACACGGUCCUGCUCGUCGGCUCCGCGCCCAACUUCCCCCACGGCAUCAUCGACGACAUCGCCGGCCUCAGCAAGCUCGCCCACAAGAAGCGCCUGCCCCUGCACGUCGACUGCUGUCUGGGCUCCUUCAUCAUCCCGCUGCUCCCCAAGGCCGGCUUCGACUUUGAGCCCUUUGACUUCCGCCUCAAGGGCGUGACCAGCAUCUCCUGCGACACCCACAAGUAUGGCUUCGCGCCCAAGGGCAACAGCACGGUGCUGUACCGCUCUGACACGUACCGCAAGCACCAGUACUUCAUCUCCCCCGACUGGUCCGGCGGCGUGUACGCGUCGCCCAGCAUCGCGGGGUCGCGGCCCGGCGCGCUGAUCGCCGGGUGCUGGGCGAGUCUGGUCAGCCAGGGCGAGAGCGGCUACAUCGACGCGUGCCACAAGAUCGUGGGCGGGAUGAAGAAGAUCGAGACGGCGAUCCGCGAGCGGCCCGAGCUCAACGCCGACCUGCGCAUCAUCGGCCGUCCGCUCGUGUCCGUCGUCGCCUUCCUGAGCACCACGCUGGACAUCUAUGACGUCGCCGACGCCAUGUCGCACAAGGGCUGGCACCUGAACGCGCUGCAGAACCCGCCUGCGAUCCACGUAGCCGUUACCCUGCCCAUUGUCGCCGUCGUCGACAAGCUGGUCCAGGACCUCGUCGACGUCGUCGAGGACGUCAAGGAGGCAGAGCGCAAGCGCAUCGCAGAGGGCAAGGGGGCAAAGGGCGCAACCAAAGGUGACGCCGCGGCCUUGUACGGGGUAGCAGGCAGUCUGCCCAACAAGAGCGUCGUGGUUGAUCUGGCCAAGGGGUUUCUGGAUACGCUGUACAAAGUCUAG